AUGGUUGUCUUGAACAAGUUCUCCGUUGUCCUUGUGGCUUUGGCUGCUGUGGGCCAGGCCACUCACGAGGGUCUCCAUGCUCGUCGUGUCCACGUUCGUUCCGUUCAACCUGGUCCCAGUUCUUCCUCGACCAGUUCUACCUCGACCGUGCUUGUUGUCCCCACCGCUGUCGACCCAACUACUACAGCUGCUUCUUCUACUGCCGAGAAGUCCUCCACUGUGCAGUCCUCUUCUGCUUCCUCGGUGGCUUCUAGCUCCAGUGCUUUCGUUUCCUCUUCGGUUGUGCCUAGCUUGAGCUCCUCCGUGCCUGUUGGUUCUUCCAGCACUCCCGUUGGUUCUUCCAGCAUCCCCGUUGGUUCUUCCAGCACUCCCGUUGGUUCUUCCAGCACUCCCGUUGCUUCUUCCAGCAUCCCCGUUGGUUCUUCCAGCAAGCCUGUGGUCACCCGCACUCCCAUUACCGGUCCUCCUACUGGUCGUCCCACCCAGUCCACCACCGGCAUCGUGUCCAGCACUGCGUCUGCUCCCGGUACCACUAGCGGCGUGACAUCGUCUUCCGCUGGCUCUGGAAGCUCCACUGAGCAGUCCACCAGCAGUGCCACCGAGUCCACCUCCGACAGCACCAUCACUCGCACCUCUACUAUCUCGGCCACCCGGACUGAGACUGUCACUCUCACCGAGGUUCCCUCUUCCUCCGGUGCGGCUGGCUCUGGUGCUUGCACCGCUGUUACCGUCACUGCUACCGUUACUGAGACCGUGACUGCCGGCCCUACUGAGACCUCCACUGGGACUACCUCCGCCGGGACCUCCACCGGUGAGACCACCACCGAGGUUUCUAGCACCCGCACUCCCAUCGGCUCCACUCGCGUUCCCAUCACCCGGACUCCGUCUUCCAGCGGUUUCUCUACCCGGACUCCUUCGGCUACUGCCAGUCCCAGCGUUACCCCUAGCUCCAGCGUGAUCCCUAGCUCCAGCGUUGCGCCUACCAGCACCCCUAGUGGCAAGGCUUUCUUGUCCAACUGGCGCCGCCGCUUCAUCUAA